CAGGUUUCGUAUACAAACGUUUUCUCUAAUCGUGAGUGGUGACGAUUAUACCCCUCGAGGGUAUAACUGAGCAGCACCAACCAUCGACAGCGGAGCAGCGCUCCUCGCCUGGCCGGUGCCCGUGACUGGGCGCGCUUCGGCGCUCCGGGGCACAGAGCGGCUCCCGAAGCAGCGGCACAGACAGCGGCACUCGGCGGCGCACGGGCAGAGCGGGUCCCCCCGGGGGGCGCGGGGUCCGGUCCCGGCCGCGUUCCCUCCCCCGCCGCUGCACGGGGCUCCCACCGGCAGCCGGGUCACGUGUGCGGGCCGUAAUCCCGGCGAGGGGGUGUCGUUACCGGGGAAGGGGGCGGCGGGAGGAGGGGCUGCCGCCGAUGAGGGCUGAAGCCGGGAGCGCGGCCGGCUGCGGGCGCCGGAGCCGCGGGCGUCGCUGCGGGCGAGGCGGGGGCUGCGGCCGCGGCCAUGGCCUGGCCCUGCAUCAGCCGGGUGUGCUGCCUGGCCCGCUUCUGGAGCCAGCUGGACAAGUCCGACCUCUCUGUGCCGCUCACCAUCCACAACUACUCGGACAUCGAGGAGCAGGAGGACGGGCCGCCCCAGCGCGGCGGGCCCCCCUCGCGGGGCAGCGCUCGCCCGCCUGCCCCGGCGCGCCGCCCGCGGGAUCCCGCCGCCGGGAAGCCGAGCGGCCGCAGGAAGGGCCGGGCGGCCGCCGCCGGAGAGCCCUUCGCGGCCGAGACCCAGUACCGGCAGGACUUCAGAGCGUGGCCCCUCCCGAGGAGGGACGCCUUCCCCUGGGUCAGCGCCAGUAGCGGCGGCGGCGGCGGGAGGGACGGGGCCGCCCCCCAGCCCGCCCCGGGACGCGCCGCCUGCGCCUUGCCCGGCGGCGGCGGGAGAACGGCGAUCGACGGCCCCGAGCAGCUCCGGCCGCGCUCGCAGGCGGACGGCGGCCACACCACCUCCUACAGACAAGAGUAUCGCCCAUGGACUGGAGCCAAACCAUCCAAGCCUAUAAAGACAAAACAAGGCUUCAUUAUGCCAGAAGACCAUUUUGUUCAAGAGACAAGCUACAAGGCAGACUUUAAGAUCCCAGAGGUGAAGACCAGGUUCUCCCCCAACCCUUCUGCUGUUUUCCAAGCGCCAUCGCGGAUCCUCAACAUUUGAACCCGGACCCUUCUCGCACCCAGGCAGCUUAAACGCAGCGUUUCUGUUAAGAUGUAUCACUAUGCAAUUUUCACGAGUGUUAAGAUCAAAGAACCGGUGUUAUCAACAGCAGCUCCAGUGAUUAAUGAUAUGCACACAGACUUUCUGUUAACACAACAAACCGCAAAGCGCUUGGUUUAGAACUGGCAAAACACCCUGUGAGGAGUGACCUAGUUUUUCACAGGAGCAGGUUCAUUACUAUGCCAGCUGGCGUCACAUUAGGAGAUUGACUUUAGGCAGCAAAGGUAGGAUUGCAGGCAAUGUCCCUACGCAUAGCUACACAGGGUAGGAGGGAAAACAAUCACAACGGGACAGAUAAUUAAAACCCAAACCAGUUUUAUUUAGCAACACCCUCUAAGUGGGCCAGAGAAAGACCAGGGAGUAGUCUGGCCCUUUCUUGAGGGGUUUUGGAAGUAGGACCUCAAAUGGCAUCACCAGAAAGCACAGCUUCACAGGGGCUGGUCUGAACUUCCAGGGUUGUUUUAGAAGCUGGAGGAAGCAAAUGUCAUUAAACUCUAAAAUAAAUCUGGCACAGGCAGUGUUUUGGGGCUUUCCAGCUGGAAGGCUGGAUAUUUCCAAAACUGAAGGGCUGAUGCAGGAGCAAGAGGGGGCUGAACUCCAAGAGACAGCCCUGAUAGCAGGCUGGUUUGUAGAGAAGUACAUGGAUACAGCCAUGCACCCACCAGGCUCCUCCAGAGGAUCUAAGAUACUUAUGUAAUUUGUACAGCUGUUCGGGUGAGUGUAAAUAUUGUACAUGGAUUUUACCUAAAGCAAUUUGUGAUCCUUUAAUGAAAAGGACAUGCUUACAAUUUUAAUAAAUGUUAACUCUUUGCAUAUGCAAGGUGGAAAAUAUUGCCUUGAAAUUCCUAAAUUAUUGCCUGUAUAUUGGUAAUGCUAAUGCUAGGAACAACCACAAGCGAAUGUUACUUAGAAACUCUUCUUAAAGAAAAAUGUAAUGUAGAAUGUAAGCCAUCUGCCAUUUCUGAGAUAGGCCAUUUCAAGUGUCAUUGUUCUGAAGCUGAUUUUUUUAGACUGCUGCGCAUUUAACUUUUGCUGAGGUACACGUGUUUUAAGAAACCAUUUUUUUAGCCUUUGUUCAUCAAGACUUUACAAUUUCUAUUAAUAAGUUAUGCAAUAUAAUUAGUCUAUUGCUUAUUUAAUGGUUUUACUAAUUAUUUUGGGAAAAAAAUUUGAAAAACUUUAUGUGUUUGUAACACGUGUGUUGUCUAGAACGAAGGGAAACUAUCCUCAGACUUGAACAGGGAUCAGAUAUUCAUUCACAUGUAAUGAAACAGACUUUAACACAGGAGCAUUUUUUCUUAAACUUCCUUCUAGCUGAAGCCUAAGGCAAAUUUAAUGAACUUGGGGAUUCUGCAAACACGUAUGCAUUGCUGAUAACUCCCAUAAGAACAAUUCUUGAACUGUUGGCAUGUGGAUUGUACUUGGAAUACAUGCAGACAGCACUGCAUUGUGUGAGAAUUUAAUGGUGCCAUCUCUGUUCGCUGUAGCAGGACUGAACACAACCACCAGAAUAUGGAACACCUGCAGUAAGCUGUGUUUGGGGGGGGAACAAACACAGGAUGGCACUUCCCACACUCAUCCUUGGACCCAUAGGAACCUACAGUAAUCCCAGUGCUUGCCAAAAUAAUAUUUCAGAUUAAUUUUUCAGGAUAUUAAUUUGAAACAUUCAAACUGUACUAAAAGUUUUGCAUGUUAGAUGUUUCUAAGAAUUUGAUCUGCUUGUUUAAUCUCUUUAUAAUGUUUUUAACAGUUUUGUUCAAAUAAUUUAAGUUCAUUUCAAUCCUGGACUUUAUUAACAGCAAGAAAAAAAAAAAAAGAAAAAAAAAAGGAGAAAUUGUCUAUUCUCUCUUCUUAAUUCACUGUAUUUCUUAAAACAAAAACAACCCAGGUUUAAACAAACUGGUAAUAUAAUAAGCUUGUAUUUUAUCAAAUGGACUGGAUUUAAUUUAAUAAAUUAAAAUGUAUUUUGUCUA